AUGUCCAACCCCAGAACCCGCCUCCAGUCCCUCACCUCUCACUUCCUCCCUUCCUCUUCAUCCCCCACAGUCCCGUCCUCCAAUACGCCCAUCCCGCCAAAAGAACCACACAUCCACACUCUCUCCCCAACAUUUUUCCUACCCCGAGCCGCCGAAAUCGAGCCGGAUGCAGAAGCUAUAUUCCAUGUAACAGCUAAUGGCAAGACGCUGAGAAGGAGUUAUGCGGAGUUUGCUGAUCGGGCGAGGGGGUUGGCGUACUUUCUAAUCAAGCAUGGAUUUAAGAGGGUGGGGAUUUUGGCGCCGAAUACGCCAGCGUUUUUGGAGAGUAUCUUUGGGAUUGCGGCUGCGGGGGGCGUCAAUGUAGCGGUGAAUUAUCGACUCAAAACGGAAGAUAUUUCCUACAUCUUCUCCUUCGGCGAAGUAGACAGCAUCAUAGUCGAUGAAGAGUAUCUCCCUCUCCUCUCAGACUUUCGCUCUCAGCAUCCAAAAGUACCAUUCAUAAUUGAUACGGACACCGACGCUACAGAAGGACAACUCUCUGGUCCUUUCGAUGAAGCCGUACUCGAAGGUUUGAAGUAUGAUGCCGAACUUGGGAAGCAUGGUUGGGCUGGUCUAAAGGCCCAAGCAGAUGAUGAGAAUGGCACUAUCGCAAUCCCAUUCACAAGUGGGACCACAGCGAAGCCAAAAGGUGUCGUGUACACACAUCGAGGCGCUUAUUUGGCAGCCAUGGGAAACGUGAUCGAGAGUGGUCUGAACUAUCACUCUGGCCGCUGUGGCUAUCUCUGGACAUUGCCCAUGUUUCACGCCAUGGGUUGGACGUUCCCCUGGUCUGUAACCGCUGUCCGAGGUACGCACUUCUGCUUGCGUAAAAUCGACUAUCCCCUCAUCUGGAAACUCCUCAAAGAAGAGAAUAUCACGCAUUUCAACGCCGCCCCAACAGUCAACACACUCCUCUGUGCCUCGAAAGACGCAGUCAAGCUCGAAAAUCCAGUCCGAGUCACAGUCGCUGCGUCUCCACCGACAGCGCACCUUUUCGAGCAAAUGACAAACCUGAAUCUAAUGCCCGUCCACGUCUAUGGUCUCACGGAGACCUACGGCCCGAUCACGAAAGGGUAUCACAUGCCCAUCUGGGAAACCCUCCCCAUCAAAGAGAAGUACGCGCGAAUGGCACGCCAGGGCCAUGGCUUCAUCACCGGCCUUCCCAUACGCAUUGUCAAGACUGAACAACCAGAAGGUGUGCUUAUCGAUGUCGCGAAAGACGGGAAAGAGAUCGGCGAAAUCAUUUUCUUUGGGAAUAUCUGCGCCAAGGAGUAUCUGAAGGACCCUGAAGCGACGAGGAAAUUGUUUGCGGGUGGAGGGUUGCACUCGGGGGAUUUAGCGGUGUGGCAUGAGGACGGGAGUGCACAGAUUUUGGACAGGGCGAAGGAUAUUAUUAUUUCUGGCGGCGAGAACAUCUCCUCAGUUGCUCUCGAGUCCAUGCUCGUCCAGCAUCCCGACGUGCUCGAAGCAGGCGUUGUCUCAGUCGCCGAUUCGCACUGGGGCGAGCGUCCCAAAGCCUUCAUCACAGUACAAGACGGUAAGCAGAUGAAAGGCGAGGAUCUAAUUGAGUGGGCCAAGCAUGAGAGUGCGAUCAGUAAAUUCAUGGUUCCGAGGGAAGUCGAAGUCGUGCAGGAAUUGCCGAAGACAAGUACGGGAAAGUUGAAGAAGAAUGUACUGAGGAUGUGGGCCAAGGGUGACUAUAGUGAGAAGUGA